AUGGAUCUUGAGUGGGCAGUGGUGGUCGGUGCUCGGAGUGGCUAUGUGGAAACAUUCCAGAGAAACGCGGAUACAUGGUGGCCCUCCUCAUCGAUGAGCUUGCGGCUACGGAGAAGAUUAAUACUCAAAGCUUGUGAGUACUCUAGUACAGUACAUCCGUGCUCAAUGAAUACUCAAAGCUUCUGUGAACCACUUCAUGAGGGGUGGCUGGACUUGCUGCAGACGAUGUUGUUCUCCUUGACGCACGCGAUCACCUCGGCGCCGGUGAAACCUAGCCGCUGGAACGCCGUCGAGACGCUUCCGUCCUUUUCGGCGGCGGCGCAGCGUGAAGCACCAUUGGCAUACCACCACUGCGCCGUGAGCUCGAAUAGCACAGCCGGGAGAGAGCCGCUGAGGUUGUUGCCCGCGAGCCCCAAGAACUUGAGCUUCCGGAGCCUGCCGUACCUCUUGGGGAUCGUGCCAGAGAAGAAGCCGCCCCUGAUGUCGAGCGUCUUGAGCUCUGUGGCGUUGCCGAGGUCUUCCGGGAGCGGGCCGACGAAGUUGUUUCCGGACGCGUUGAAGUGGGCCAGCGAGCCGCAAGAGCCGAGGCCGGCCGGGAACCGGCCGGCGAAGCCGUUGUCGCUGACGUCAAACUCCCGGAGCAUCGGGAUUGACACCAACGCCGUCGGCAGCACGCCCGCGAACGCGUUGCCCCGGAGCAAGACCGAGUUGAGCGCGGUGAGGCCGAGGACGGCGUCCGGGAUGGUGCCGCUGAGGUUCAUGCCCGCCAGGUCAAGGCCGGUGACCGCGCCAAGGUCGUCGCAGCGCACGCCCUUCCAGCCGCAAUGCGGCGCCGAGCCCCCAGCCCCGGAGCUCCCCCAGUGGGUCGACGAGCGACGCCCUGAUGGCCAGCAGCAUCGCCGCCUCGUCGCUCGUGGCGGCAGCGCCAUUGGACGCCCCGGCGCAGCACACGAGCGACAAUGA